AUGUCAGACAUCAGUCAUCAUAAUGCCGGAAAUAACAGUACGAAUAACAACAACAAUGAAAACGGAGAUAAAGUAAGAGCCAUGGUCGUUGCUCCAUCGAUAUCUCCUAUGGACCAAGGCAGAUAUAUCUGGAUGGCUCGACAAGAUUCAGGCCUAUCCGUGCUGGACAUAAGAUUAGGCAAAGUGCUUAGCAGACGAAACGAUGUGCAUCAGUCAUCUAUUACAUUUUUAAUGAGAUAUAGAAAUUGUGAAAUUUGGUCUAUUGAUGAGGCAGGUAUUCUGAACGUUUGGGAUCUCACAGCCAAUGAGCAUCCAGAAAAUCCAUUGAUCACAGCCAUGCCUCGACGACACUUGGUCGCGCCGCAUGCAACCUCGUGUACUAUCGACGGCUCGAGAUUGUGGAUGUCUACCGGACGGACCUUAUCCUACUACGUUAUUUCCAGCAGCUCACAGCAUGAAGUAUCACCAUCCAUUCGGAUACCCAAUGAUUUAGGAAACAUUACCAAGUUAGUGACUGUGCCUUAUCAUCCAGGUCAACUGUUUGCUUCGCACGAUGAUGGUAAAAUUAGUAUCUGGGAUACAGAGACGAUGGAAAGAAAACAAGUCAUUACUGUCUCUCUUUAUGGUAUCUGUACGAUGGCAUGUGUAGGCGAAUACCAUAUUUGGGCUGGUUAUAACACAGGCAUGAUUUAUGUGUAUGAUACAAGACCAGAAAAGUGGGUUGUUGUCAAGAUGUGGAAAGCGCACUCAGGAGCAGUGACUCAGUUGGUGGUAGAUGAAUCAGGCUUGAUCAUUGAUGGCAAGAAAGGAAGGCUUCAAGUAGUGAGUGGUGAUUCAAAUGGUUAUAUUGGCGUCUGGGAUGGUUUACUGACCGAGCAUUGGAAAGAAUCUCAAAUUUCAACAAGGUCAAAUGAGUACUGCACAUAUGAUGAAGCCAAGAUUAUGAUCUGUUCAUGGAACAUUGAUGCCAACAAACCAGAGAAAUUAACCAAAGAAGAUGAUAACGAAGUAAGAAAGUGGCUGGGAGGCAUGGAAGAUCCUGAUAUUAUUGUUGUUGGCAUCCAAGAAAUUGUAGAUUUGGAAUCAAAAAAGCAAACUGCUCGAUCUCUAUUUUUCAAGAAAAAGGUUGAAGAAGCAGAAGAAGUUUUGACGCAUCGAUAUAAGCUGUGGCAUGAUUAUCUUGUUCGUAUCAUUGGUGAAAAUUAUGGUGCUCAUGCAUACACUGUCAUUAAAACGGAACAUAUGGUCGGACUGUUUAGCUGUAUCUUUGUGAGAACGGUAGAUAUCGAUCGAGUCAUCAAUGUUGAAUCCACUUGCGUAAAAACAGGUCUGAAAGUGAUGAACAAGAGUAUUCAUGGAAAUAAGGGAGGUGUUGCGAUUCGAUUUGUCUAUGACCAUUCUUCUCUAUGCUUCGUAAACUGUCAUCUGGCUGCCGGUCAAUCUCAUGUUCAACAACGUAAUGCAGAUGCUGAGGGAAUUCUACAAACUGCUACAUUUCAGCCUAGAGAUUAUGUUGAUGUCUUUAGUCAUGGUGGUGACGGUAGCCUUGUUUUGGAUCAUGAGUUCUGUUUCCUGAGUGGUGACCUGAACUACCGUAUAAAGAUGAAUAGAAAUGACGUGCUGAGACUCCUUGCAAGCACAGAUAAAGAAGCCGCCUGGGAAAAGCUACAAUUAGAGGAUCAGCUACUAAAACAAAAAAUGAACAAUCCGUUAUUCAAAUUACUUCAAUUUGAAGAAGCACUCAUUCAAUUUGAUCCAACGUACAAGUACGACCCAGGCACAGACUUUUAUGACAGAUCAGAAAAGAAGCGUGUGCCUGCUUGGUGUGAUCGAGUGUUGUAUAAAGGGAAAAAUAUUCAAAACUUAUAUUACCGUCGAUAUGAAGCCAAGGCUUCCGAUCACCGACCCAUUUCAGCAGGAUUUAGCGUAAGGACAAAGGUGACGGAUCAAAAGAAACGUGAUGUGCUAUCUGCAAAGGUGGAAGAGGAAUGGGUUGAAUAUAAGACACAAUACAUACAAGACAAGAAGGCAAGAUAUGUAGCAGAUUAUGAACGAUGUUCAUUGACAGACGCAUUCAAAUAUCUUGAGAAUGCCAAUUGGGAUGUGACUGAGGCAGUUAGAAAAGUACUUACAUAA